UCAUGCAGUCGAACAAGGAGUUCGAAACAAAACUGAAAGCUCUAGUCUCCAGUGGUGAUUAUACUUUAGCAAUGGCUAUUUCGAAGCUUUUGAUCGCUUCACUUGUCGUAUCUCUUCUUGUGCUCCAGAAGGUGAACGCAAGUCCAGCUGCAGGUUCUAUUCCUGGGAAAAACAUUGAUUGUGGCGGGGCUUGCAAAGAUAGGUGUUCCUUAUCCUCUAGGCCACAUCUUUGCAAUAGGGCUUGCGGGACAUGCUGUGCACGAUGCAAAUGUGUCCCUAAAGGCACUUCCGGCAACCUAGAUACUUGCCCUUGCUAUGCCACCAUGACUACUCAUGGUGGCAGACGCAAGUGUCCUUGAAAUCAGCCUUUACCUACUUGUAAAAAGCACAGUGAUUCUCUACAUAUAUCAAAUAAUCCUUGGAGUUCGAGUAAUAUAGCUAUGAAGUGUUGUACUUUCUUAAUAGAUAUGAUCAGGGAUGUCGUUUUCUUCAGUUUACCUUUUUUUUUUUUAUUGUUUGUAUUAUAUAUUUUCUGAAUUAUUUGUUUUUCUGGA